CUGAGGACGAUAUCUACAGUGUCGGCGCGACGGCUGCUUCUUGCCUUCGGACUCCAUGACAUUCAACUCAGCUCGAGGCUUGUCAAACCUACAUUACGAUGGCUGCGUUGCCUCUUCCCGUCGCGGUUCCGGCUUUAACAGCCGCAGCGGCUUAUGUCAAUGCCAGAUACUUGCUUUCCUAUGACCUGAACCUGCUAAGAUGCAUCGUGCCGGCAUUAGCCAACGUAGCCUGGUGGACAAACCGCGGACGCCUCAACUUCUUCUACCGCCUUGAGGAUUUGGCGAGGUCCAAGUCCUCUGCGAACCGUGUCUUCUUGCGCUUCGAGGAUCGGACCUACACUUACGCCCAGGCCUACGACACGGUGCUCCGCUACGCGAACUGGCUGAAGGAACAGCGGGGAAUUCGGAAGGGGGAGAUGGUGGCGCUGAACUUUCAGAAUACCGACACCUUCAUCUUCUUACUCAUGGCGCUCUGGGCCCUUGGCGCAGUCCCGGCCUUGAUCAACUACAACCUGACCGGCAAACCUCUGGCGCAUUGCGUUAAGAAAGCGACGACGCGACUUGUGCUUAUCGAUCCCGUGAUAGCCAAGAAUGUUGGGGACGAUGUCCGCUCGGAGCUGAGCCAAGUCAGUUUCGAGACUGUGACGGAGGAGCUCGAGAGACAAAUGUUAUCGCACGAACCCAUCCGGCCGCCAGAUGACGUCCGGAACGAUGAAUCUCACAACAUGGGUGUUCUCAUCUACACCAGCGGCACCACAGGAUUGCCUAAGGCUGCGAUAGUGUCGUGGGCAAAGAUAGCGGUGGUUGGGGGGUUCACCUCACGCUGGGUUGGGACUACCAAAAGCGAUGUGUUCUACACGGCGAUGCCUCUCUAUCAUACUACGGCGAUGCUGCUUGGUUUUGCUCAUGCUCUUUCAGCCGGCGCUACAUUUGCCAUGAGCCGCAAGUUCUCUACUAGCUCUUUCUGGGAUGAUGUUCGGAAACACGGCGCCAACAUUAUUCAAUACGUCGGCGAGACAUGUCGCUAUCUGCUGUCGGCACCGCCACAUAUCGACUCAGUCACUGGCGAGAACCUCGACCGGAAGCACAACGUGCGCGUUGCGUUCGGAAACGGUCUACGCCCAGACGUGUGGAACCGUUUUAAGGAGCGCUUCGGCAUUGAAACGAUUGCGGAGUUCUAUGGCGCGACAGAAGGAAGUUUUGCAACCUGGAAUCUGAGCCGGAAUGAUUACAGCAUGGGUGCUGUCGGCCGCAGCGGCGCUCUCUACAACCUCCUCCUUGGCAGGAGCCUCGCGCUUGUUGAAGUCGAUCACGAAACAGAACUCCCAUACCGAGACCCCAAGACUGGGUUUUGCCGCCGGGUAGCUCGUGGAGAGCCGGGAGAGUUGCUGUUCAGGCUGCCGCCGAAUGAUGUUGACUCGCGCUUCCAAGGCUACUAUGGCGACAAGGAGGCAACUUCAAAGAAGAUGAUGAGGGAUGUGUUCGCUAAGGGCGACGUUUGGUUCCGUACUGGUGAUGUGGUACGCUGGGAUAACGAGAAUCGGGUGUACUUCACGGACCGCAUUGGGGACACGUUCCGCUGGAAAAGUGAGAACGUCUCGACCGCUGAGGUUGCGCAAAUCGUUGGGUUGCAUCCCGCUGUCCAGGAGGCCAAUGUCUACGGCGUAGAACUACCGCACCACGAGGGGCGCGCUGGUUGCGCCGCGGUUGUCUUCAAGCCGUCGGCGGUCGCUGGCGAGAGCGGUACGCCGAGUGGCGAGGCCCUGAAGUCUCUGGCGCAGCACGUCCGGGCCGGGCUUCCCAAGUAUGCCCUGCCACUCUUCCUCCGCGUGGUCAGACCCGGGGCCAUCCAGACCACGGGCACGAAUAAGCAACAGAAGACGAUCCUGCGCAGCGAAGGGGUCGAGCCUGGCAAGACGGGCGCAGAUGGCGUCUUUUGGUUGAAGGGCGAUUCCUACGUCAAGUUCGAGUCCGAGGAUUGGAAGGCGCUGCAGGUUGGCAAAGUUAAGCUGUAAAGGAUGCGCUGUGUAUGUUGGGGCUUUCUAGUGCUGCGCGGAUUUCGACUCAGUUUUUUCUUCUAUACCCCGUCCUUCCUACUUGAAUACCAGUCGGAUAAUAAUAUGCUCAUGUAUCACCCGGCUCAGAAGCGCCUCGGACAUAUGAAGACACUCUAAGUGGCCGGUCA